AGUUGACUAACAGAAACAGCUUCGGCUUGGCCUCCGCGUUUCUUGUUGUCUUCGGCCAGAUUAUUCAAAUGAUUUUCAUUAUUUUAAGUUUCGGCGAAGCAUAAUUAAUGAUAUCCAUCAAUGCAAAAACGAAAUUUUUAUAGAAGAAUUGGUUUCUGGUUUCUGGCGCUCAUGCGUAUUCCUGAUUCUCAAUUCCCGAAGCGAAAAGUGACCGAAAUCAAACUACUGUCAUGGGUCAGGAUAACGCUAUGACGUCAGGGUAUCGAACCUAAUGCCAUUAGUGAUGCCUGUUGUGGGAUAAAGGAAAUCACGGAGCUCACCAAUUUGGCGUCAUUGUUGACUGCCGAAAUGCAGCGUAGCUUCACUACACAAAUAUAUUCAUUCCAUCAUUUCCAUGUAUCUGCAUCGUAGAGAUCGUAAUGGUUAUGAUGAUGAAACCAAGGACCGGCAUGAGUUUUCGUGCGCGAAGACGGACUGGGACACCUGCCAAAAUUGCAAUUGCAGUGAAGAAAGCCCAUCUGGAUUUGAACCGGGAAAAUGCCCGCGCGCAAGCGGGUGCGUGGGAUAUGGAUUUGCGCAAUAUCCUUAACUUAGAGCAUCCGAACUUGGUACGUCAUCUGGCGCAUCAAAAUGCCCAGGAGACCGGCUUAGUGGACGUGCCGAAUUAUGUUAUUAUCAUGGAGUAUUGUUCAGGUGGGACACUCCAUGCGGCGGCAAAAUAUAAAAUUCCCGCCGCACUUUUCCAGAAAUGGACCCACCAUAUUGUGGACGGCUUAACGUAUUUGCACUCCAAAAAGAUCGUCCACCGCGACAUUAAGGGCAUCAACAUCCUGCUCAGCAGUGCCGACUGGAAUACGUGCCAAAUCAAGAUCGCCGAUCUAGGCGCCAUCAAGCGUCUGUUGGCCAACAUGACCCAAGCGAAGGAGGUCUCGCACGACAAAGGCACGUGGGCCUUCAUGUCGCCAGAAAUGAUCAUGGGCAACGACAUCGGCUUCAACAUCGGUCGCAAGACCGAUAUCUGGAGCUUCGGCUGUGUGGUGCUGGAGAUGAUCAGCGGGUUCCCGCGUUUUGUCAAGGAAGUCGACGGGAAGCAGAUGGACCUGAAGACCGACUUGGCCGCCAUGUAUUACAUCGGUAGCGGAGGGUCGCCCAUUAUUCCCAGCGACAUACCAAACGAAUUGCGGGACUUUGUGGCGGAUUGUCUGUCACGUGAUCCGGAAAAGCGACCAGGCGCCAGUGAGCUGUUGGUUAAACCGUUCAUGACGAUGACCAAUGCACCGCAGUGGCCGGACAUGCUGCUUGGUAAGUUGGUGGUAAAUGUAUUAUGCACAACUAGUUUUGAUUGGCUUAAGAGAUACUGUAUCAUGGCCAGCGCAGCAGAUCCAACAUGGCUGCAAAUACCGUAUCCGUUCGUAGAAGUUCUUAGUGCCACUCCCGUUGUCUAUCUGGCCCACCGUACUGAAGGCCUUGGACCCGGAGAAAUUGUGAUAAAACAAUCCCUUUUGGGAUCGAACAGGGAAAAAGCCAAUGAGCAGGCGGAUGCGUUGGACGCCGAUCUGCGGCAUCUUCUGAGUUUAAACCAUCCAUAUUUGGUGCGUCACCUGGCGCACUGCCAUUCUUGGGAGGGCAGCCCAGUGGACGUGGCAAAAUACAGAAUUAUUAUGGAAUACUGUUGCGGCGGGAAUCUGCACGCUGCGGCUCAGUUGCACAUUGCCGCGCCCCUCGUACAAAAAUGGACGAGCCAGAUUCUCGCCGGCUUAGCCUAUCUGCACGCCCAACACAUUGUGCACCGCGAUUUAACGGGAACCAAUAUUCUGCUAAGCAGCCCGGACUGGGACACCUGCCAAAUGAAGAUUGGUCGCCUGGACGCCAGUAAACGUCUAGUAUACGAUACGAUUGAGGCGAAGGAAGUCCCGCGCUACAGACGUAUGUGUGCUUUCAUGUCACCGGAAAUGAUCAAUGACGACGAUACCGGCUUCAAUAUCGGUCGCAAAACCGAUAUAUGGAGUUUUGGCUGCGUCUUAUUGGAGAUGGUUAGCGGAUUCUCGCGCUUCGUUAAGGAAGUGAACGGAAACCAGGUGGACUUGAAGAACGGUCUGAGCAUCAUGUAUUACGUCGGCUGUGGCCGGUCGCCUGUGACCGGCAAAAAUGUCCCCCCUGUCCCCCCGGACAUUUUUGCCGUGUCCCCCCUGCCACCAUCUCCAAAACGGUCGAUCGGUGACCUUUGAAAAUGUGCCACAAGCGUUACCACGGCGUUACCUGUCCAAAACAGUUGAGGAACAUCGGUCACCUAAAGACAUUACAGCAGAACAGAACUUACUGGUUUCCGGCAAGGGGGUAAACGAAAUUACUGGUGUCCGCCAUGGGGGACAUUAUUGCCGGAACAAAAUUACUGAUGUCCGACAAGGGUUACAUUAUUGCUGGAACGAAAUUACUGGUAUCCGGCAUGGGGGACAUUAUUGCCGGGACGAAAUUACUGGUAUCCGGCAUGGGGGACAUUAUUGCCGGAACGAAAUUACUAGUGUCCGGCACGGGGGACAUUAUUGCCGGAACGAAAUUACUAGUGUCCGGCAUGGGGGACAUUAUUGCCUGAAAGAAAUUACUGGUGUCCGGCAUGGUGGACAUUAUUGCCGGAACGAAAUUACUGGUAUCCGGCAUGGGGGACAUUAUUGCCGGACAGAAAAUACUGGUAUCCGGCAUGGGGGAAAUUAUUGCCGGAAUAAAAUUACUGGUGUCCGACAUGAGGGACAUUACUGCCGGAACAACAUUACGGGUGUACGACAUGGGGGACAUUAUUGUCGGAACGAAAUUACUGGUAU